GGAACUUGUACAGUACAUACUCAAAGGAACAUGACUUCUCUAGGUAACGACAGCGUGAGUGGAAACAAAAGGAAGAAAGCACUGAUAACAGGAAUAACUGGGCAGGAUGGAUCUUACUUGGCAGAAUUUCUUCUACAAAAGGGCUAUCAAGUUCAUGGCAUUAUUCGACGUUCGAGUUCUUUUAACACAGGCAGAAUAGCUCAUCUGUAUGACGAUCCGAUAACGCACAAGAAUGGAGCUAUGAAGUUGCACUAUGGAGAUAUGAGUGACAGUUCCUGUUUGUUGAAGAUUGUGUCCGAGGUACUACCUGAUGAAGUAUACAACUUGGCAGCUCAAAGUCAUGUCAAGGUGUCAUUUGACUUGAGUGAAUACACUGCUGAUGUCAGUGGAGUUGGAACACUUCGAAUGUUGGACGUAAUUCGAGCUUGUGGAUUAACAAAAUCAGUACGAUUUUAUCAAGCAUCAACCAGUGAAUUAUAUGGCAAAGUUCAGGAGACACCUCAGAGAGAAACAACUCCUUUUUAUCCACGCUCCCCCUAUGCUGUUGCCAAGUUGUAUGGUUAUUGGAUUACAGUUAACUAUCGUGAAGCCUAUGGGAUGUAUGCUUGCAAUGGGAUUUUAUUCAAUCAUGAAAGUCCACGUCGAGGUGAGACAUUUGUAUCAAGAAAAAUCACUCGAGCAGUAGCUAAGAUUGGAUUGGGUAUACAAGAAGAGCUUAUCUUGGGCAAUCUUGAUUCGAAGCGAGAUUGGGGACAUGCCAGAGAUUACGUGGAAUUAAUGUGGCAAAUGUUACAGCAAGAGAGGCCUGAUGAUUAUGUUGCUGCCACUGGAGAAAUGCAUAGUGUGAGAGAGUUUGUAGAGGUAGCUUUCAAGGAGAUUGGGGAAGAUAUAGUGUGGGAUGGCACUGGUCUAGAUGAAAUUGGUCAAGACAAAAAGUCAGGGAAAGUGAGAAUUCGAGUUGAUCAAAGAUAUAUGAGGCCCACAGAAGUGGACUUGCUGCAAGGGGACUCGUCGAAAGCUAGACGUCUUCUCAACUGGAAACCGAAGACGAGUUUCAAGGAACUUGUGCGGGAAAUGGUAGAAGCAGACACGAAGCUAAUGCGACUGAAUGCUUCUGCUUGACGGUCAGAAGAACAGAACGAAUGACUUUUGUUUAUUACUAUAGCUUCUUUUGUGGCUAGCAUCUUAGCUAGUACAUCUUCACAAAUUUGGAGCUACUAACUGGCCUCAACA